CUUCUUUUCUCUUUAUUCUUCAUUUCCUUCUCUUUUUCAGAUCCUCCGUAGCCCUCCAUUUUUCCUUCCUGAUGAAGCAGCUUUCAUGUACGUAAAACAGAAAAACAAACCAAAACCCUCAUUUUUUUUAAUGUAAAAGUAUCUCAUUCAGGGUUUCAAGUUUUCACAUUGCUUUUUUAUUAAUACCCAUUUUAGAGGUAAGUUCCUGUUCUUCUUUCAACUUUUCCUGGGAAAAAUAAAGUUUGUUUCUCGAGAAAAUUUUUGUAGUAGGAGCGGGGUGGUUUUGUUAUAGCUGUAACUAUGGAUAUAUCGACUGCUUUGCUCCUUUUGGCGGCUAUUACAGCUUACCUACUGUGGUUCACGUUCAUCUCACGGUCGCUGCGAGGUCCACGUGUCUGGCCUCUAUUGGGUAGUCUUCCAGGCUUAAUCGAGAACUGUGAUCGCAUGCAUGACUGGAUCUCGGACAACCUCCGCGCGUGCGGUGGUACGUACCAGACCUGCAUUUGUGCUAUACCCUUCUUGGCCCGGAAACAAGGUCUCGUGACGGUCACGUGCGACCCAAGGAAUUUGGAGCACAUACUCAAGACCCGUUUCGACAAUUACCCCAAAGGUCCCACGUGGCAAGCUGUGUUCCAUGAUCUGCUCGGUCAAGGCAUCUUCAACUCCGAUGGUGACACGUGGCUCUUCCAAAGAAGGACUGCCGCACUGGAAUUCACCACCAGGACUCUUCGCCAGGCCAUGGCUCGAUGGGUCAAUAGAGCCAUCAAGCUCCGUUUCAGCCCCAUUCUUGAGAAAGCUCAAAACGAUGGCGAGCCGGUUGAUCUACAAGACGUAUUGCUUCGGCUCACCUUUGAUAACAUUUGUGGGUUAGCUUUUGGAAAGGAUCCACAAACAUGCGCCCAAGGGUUACCAGAAAACGGCUUCGCUUCAGCUUUUGACCGAGCCACGGAAGCCUCUCUUCAAAGGUUUAUUUUGCCAGAGGUUUUAUGGAAGCUGAAGAGAUGGAUUCGUCUUGGCUUAGAAGCGAGUCUGAGCCGAAGCCUUGUCCACAUGAACGAGUAUUUAUCCGACGUCAUCAAUUCACGUAAGCAAGAAUUGCUGAGUCAGCAAAAAGUUGGGAACCCACACGACGAUUUGCUCUCAAGAUUCAUGAGGAAAAAGGAAUCCUACUCAGACGAGUUUCUCCAACACGUGGCACUCAAUUUCAUCCUAGCUGGACGUGACACGUCAGCCGUUGCUCUCAGCUGGUUCUUCUGGCUCGUCAGCCAACACCCAACAAUUGAGGGCAAAAUCCUACGUGAAAUCUGCACUGUCCUAAUUGAGACUCGUGGCGUUGACACGUCAACGUGGCUUGAUGAGCCCUUGGGGUUCGAAGAAGCUGACCGAUUGACAUAUCUCAAGGCAGCAUUAUCAGAAACACUAAGGCUCUACCCAUCGGUGCCGGAGGAUUCAAAGCAUGUGGUGGCUGAUGACAUGUUGCCGGACGGAACAUUUGUUCCGGCAGGGUCUUCGGUGACGUAUUCUAUAUAUUCAGUCGGGAGAAUGAAGUCAACUUGGGGUGAUGAUUGUCUUGAGUUUCGUCCUGAGAGAUGGUUAUCAGUUGAUGGAAAGGAAUUUAUCAUGCAUGACUCCUAUAAAUUCGUUGCAUUCAAUGCUGGGCCAAGAAUAUGUUUGGGGAAGGGUUUGGCUUAUCUUCAAAUGAAGUCGGUGGCGGCGGCGGUGCUGCUGAGGCAUAAGCUGACUUUGGUGCCUGGCCACAAGGUGGAGCAAAAGAUGUCACUGACUUUGUUUAUGAAAUAUGGGCUUAAAGUAAACGUGCAUGGGAGAGAUUUGGGAGCAAUUGUUGAAAAGAUUAUUAGUGAAGAGAACUCGCAUGGUAAAUGUAAUGGUAAAUUGUGAAAGGUAGCUGGGGAGGGGUUGUUUGUGUGUUGGUGGAAUUAGGUGAGGAUAUUUAAUUUAAAGCAUGGUGGUGGUCGGGGAACUCACAUUGGAGGCGCGUGAGGGG